UGCAACAACCUCACUCGCGUGAUUUCACAAACGGGCGUCACGGACAUUAAUCGGCUAAUUUACAUACAUAACGCCGCCCAGGGGGACGAACAUGUUAAUUCACCAUCGAUUGAAAGCUAACAGUAGGGAGGAGGGGAAAAACAGCUGAAACAAAGUUUGGACAAGAGAGGGUUGUUUUAAAGCAGUUGAAGUGUUUCGACAGAAUCACAGAGGCGCUUGUUGGGCUCUUUGCCCCACUUUUGGAUUACGACAUGGAUGCUUUGAAAUCCGCUGGAAGGGCAAUUAUACGGAGCCCCAGUAUCGCCAAGCAGUCGUGGGGUUCGGGCAGACAUAGAAAGCUUCCAGAGAACUGGUCAGACACCAGGGAGACCCUUCUUGAGGGCAUGGUGUUCCAGCUGAAGUACCUUGGAGUGACGAUGGUUGAGCAACCCAAAGGAGAAGAGCUGUCUGCAGCUGCUGUUAAGAGGAUAGUGGCCACGGCCAAAGCCAGUGGGAAGAAACUCCAGAAAGUAACAUUAACAGUUUCCCCACGAGGAAUCAUCCUUUAUGACAGUGCCUCCAACCAGAUGAUAGAAAACAUCUCCAUUUACAGAAUAUCAUACUGUACAGCAGACAAGAUGCAUGACAAAGUGUUUGCAUACAUCGUUCAGAGUCAACAUAAUGAAACUCUGGAGUGUCAUGCCUUCCUCUGCCCAAAGAGAAAAAUGGCCCAGGCUGUAACCCUAACAGUGGCCCAGGCUUUCAGAGUGGCUUUUGAAUUCUGGCAGGCCGCCAAGGAAGAGAAAGAGAAGCGGGUGAAGUCUGGCUCAGAUGGAGAAGGUGCCAGCAACACUCAGUCAGACAGUUCUGCCAGCCUGGGCAGCUUGAAGGGAGGAGAGGUAGCCACAGCAAAACUUUUGGAUUUGGCUGAGGGAGCAAAUGCAGCACUGGCCAACUCAGGAACAAAUAAGACUGAAGCAGAUCCUCUCACGGUGCAUAAUCACACAUCGGAGAACAACAAUACUGUAUGGGAGUUGGAGGAUGGUCUGGACGAAGCUUUCUCAAGCCGCAGUCUGGAUAGCUUUGAAUCUUACUCAGACUCGCUGAGUCUCGCACUAACCCCCAGGUCCUGGACAUUGGGGUGAACCCUCAGGAUUUCAACACUGAAGAGUGCCUGUCCCCAGGCAAAUGGGACCAAGAUGAAGCAGACUUCGCUGCACAAAAAGACACUUUUGGGUUCUAAUGCAGAGCCCAUGCCAAGAAAAAAGACGAGCUGAACUGAGGAGGCGGAUAUUUGUGUCCCACCUUCUCUGUGCUGCCAAGUCCUCUCACUUGGGGGGACUAGUGGGUUAUGAUGCUUCUGCAUCUACAUGACCACAGACAGACAAGACAAGUAGGGUGCUCACAUAACAGGCCAAAGCAAUACAAACCAACCUAUCCCUGAAAAUGCAGUCAUUUAAUGUUUGUUAUAGUCAAUGUAUUAUUUCCUUUGUUUUGUCAGUUUACCUAUUUGUAAGUGUGCGUGUGUGCGUGCGUGUGUGUGUGUGUGGUAUAAUUAUGCUAAUUGAGAUUUGAGAACUGUUUGAGUAAUCUUUGGGACAGCUGUGUCAUUAAGGUUCAUAUUUGAUUUGCAGACAUUACUGGUUUAGAGGGAAAACUCGCUGGUGAAGGUCAUCAAUGCACCAGUUCCAGUAUUGGGUGAAAAAAUAAAGUUACUUUUUCCAAGGAUUUAGCCUUCAUUUGGCUACAAAAGCUUUAAAAAUAUGUGUAAGUGUUGGACACAGUGUUUGUGUGAAAAUGAAUGACAACAAAAUGACAAUCUUAUUUUUUUUUUUGUAAUGCAAAAUCUAUUUUUGCACUCAGCAUUCAUCCAGUUUAAAAGCACACAUUUCAUUCAAGGGAAGUUAUUUCAGUAAGCAUGAGACAUAAUAUUCAGUAGUCCAAACAGUGCCCUCAAAGUCCAAGGGGAUGAAUGUGUUCUUUGAGCACUGUCCCACUUUAAGUUCAUCAACAUUGUAAGAUUAACUUUGCUAGUUAACAAGAUUUUCCAUGGAUGGUUCCCAGUGUUAUUUUUGGCAUCUGUUUAUAUAUACAAAUAAUUUAAUUCAUCGAUUUACAUAAAUGUCAAUAAAAGUUUAAAUGUGUUUGAGAUGUUUAUACAAAGAAAUGCACAUUUGUCUCCCUGGCAUCUCUCUCCCCCUGAGGGCAUGGACCCAAGGUUUGGAACCAAUUACCUAGGCCUACCUACCCUUAAAAGACCCUACUAUGUUUUUACCAGAGGUACAUAAUUUGCUUUGAUUUGAUCAAUGCACUGGGCAAUUCUCCUAAAUCCUCAUUUACCAGUUAAGUACAACAAUAUCUAUAGAAGACACUGGAUCUUCUUUUCGUAUGAUUCAUUGGUUUCUAGAGGGCCACAAUUACACACACUUUUACACAUUAUCCUCUGUUGCUUACUAAAGCUUAGAAUGAGGUGCACAAGUUUUCAUUGAACAUUUUUGAUCCCAUAUCACUGAACUGCAUAUUAAGGAGAAAACAGAUGCAUCUUAGAGCCAUGAAUUAGUAAUGUUCAAAACAUUUUAACAUGUUUUUGAUUGAACUAAAUGACAUAAACUAAAACUCUGCCAGCAAAGCCUGUCACAACUUAGCCAAAAAGAGAACGUGUGGGGCUUUUUAAGAGUGUAAUUCUGACUUUAUGAAGCAUUAAUCCAUCAAGAGAAAACUCCAAAUAUCUGGACUAAUUUAGAGUCAUGUGGGGCACCGGUAUGGCUUAGUUGUUAAAGCUAACGCCAAAUGUACAGCAGCUGCAGUCCUUGUUGCACUGGUCGCUGCCUUGACCCUUUAUUGCAUGUCUUCCCCCUUUCUAUUCAAUUUCCUGUCUGUCUUCAUCUGUCCUACCUAAUAAAGUAAAAAUGAGCAAAAAAUAUAUCUAUAAAAAGUAAAAGUUCACAAAGGUGCAACAUUGUAUUUACUUAGUGAAAUUGCUUUCAUGUUGUGUGGGGCUUCAGCCAACAGUUUGGUCACAGAAUAAUUUCCUAAAUUUGUUUUUAUCUUUUUCUAAGAUCUUAAGGAGUCUUAAAAUCAACUUACUCUGCAAAAGAGCAUCAACCCAAAAUAAAGCAAAGUAAAUCUUUUUUUAAAACCAAAAAUGAUAAAAAUAGAUUAAGCUAAAAUUGAUAAAAGUUAUACAAACGGAAUAUCACAAAAAAUAUACCAGAUAAUUAAAAAUAAUGAUUUUAAAAAGGACGGCAAUAAUAUGAUUACAUUACAAAACUAAGAGUUUGAUCAUUUAUACAAAAGUAUAAUAGAAAUGUUACAGGGUACAAAGUAUGUUCCCAAAGAGCUAGACUCCAAUACAAUGCCAACAAUAAGGAUGAAGAUCCUUUCCCUGCCACUCUGAUCAACACCAAGUGCCUUCAAAAAACUUCACUUCUACCAACAGCAAUCUACAUUGUCCUAAUUGAUGUCACACCUCUAAAAAUAAAUUAAAAAGUGACCUCCAAAGUUACAUUCGCUGACCCCUUUUUACUAAGUAAAUCAUGUUUGCUGCACAAGUUACCAAUUUCAAAAAGUAAAAGAAGGUUAAGUUAACCAGUCAAAUUGUUAAUUCAACAUGAAUAUUAUCUGGAUCAGGCAACAAAUAAUAACCCAAUAUUUUGUUUUAUAUUAGGCUAUAAUAGAAUUGUAUUGAAAAUGCAUGUAUUCAACAGAUGGUUUAUAAGAUAAUGUAUCUUUACAUUAUUCCAAUAUUUUAUGCACUUUACACAUGAAGCAUUGCAUGAAGCAACAUUCACACCUCUGACAAUGUGGUUAUAUUGGUUCUAGGUUUAAAAGACAUCAUGUUAUAUAAAUAAAGGGGAAACUGGGAUAUCUA